AUGUUGUUCGCUCGGACAGUUGCGCGAGGCGCCAUGGGUUUUCGAGCAUUCUCGACGGCCCGCGUCUGCCGCGAGGAAUUGUCUUACCAGGUGUAUGGCCCGGAGACCGAGCAAGCCGUGCGCGACCCGAUUCUAUUCCUGCAUGGACUGUUCGGAUCCAAACAAAACAACCGGAGUAUCAGCAAGGCUCUGGCUCGCGAUCUGAAGUGCCGUAUCUUCACUCUGGACCUGCGCAACCAUGGCCAGUCAUUCCAUGCCCCAGAGCAUAACUACACUGCUAUGGCCGAGGAUGUGCGAGAGUUCAUUCAGCAGCAGAAACUCGACAAAUGCGUGCUAAUUGGUCAUUCUAUGGGUGCCAAAACUGCCAUGACGCUGGCACUCCAGUCACCUGAACGCGUGUCGGGACUGAUUCCGGUUGACAAUGCACCUGUCAAUGCCGCGCUAAAGAGUGACUUCCCCAAAUAUGUUCGGGGCAUGCAGCACGUCGAGCGGGCAAAGGUUUCCAAGCAGUCUGACGCCAACAAGAUCCUCGAGGAGUAUGAAGAGUCUAUUGGUAUCCGCCAAUUCCUAUUGACCAAUCUCAUCCGCUCAGAAGAUAACACGCUAAAAUUCCGUGUCCCGCUCUCAGUGCUGGGUGCAUCACUUGACAACAUGGCAGACUUCCCAUUUAGUGAGUCCGGGGGUUUCCAGUACAGCGGACCUACCCUUUUUGUCCGAGGAACAAAGUCGCGAUAUGUUUCCGAUGGUACUAUUCCCGCAAUCAAGAAGUUCUUCCCCAAUGCGCAGAUCGCCGACGUCGAGGCGGGACACUGGCUUAUCUCCGAGAAUCCCGAGGCUUUCAGGCAAGCUGUCGUCAAGUUCCUCGGGUCCUCGUGA